GACCAAAAGUUUUCGUGGGAAAAAAGUCCAUGGAGAAUAUGACAUCAAAGUCGAGCAGGCACAAUUUUCAGAGGUCAGUUUGAUAGCUCAGGCUGAUGGGAAUUAUUCUGUAAAUGUGCAAGCUUUUCGAAAUGGCAUUAAAGUUGUCAAGUCAUUCAAGCCUGACUUUGUUCUUGUCCGGCAACAUUCGUUCAGCAUGGCCGAAAAUGAAGAUUUUCGUAACUUAAUUAUUGGAAUGCAUUAUGCAAGCAUCCCAAGUGUUAACUCUCUAGAGUCAAUCUUCAACUUCUGUGACAAGCCCUGGGUAUUUGCCCAAUUGGUGUCCAUCUAUAGAUCCUUGGGAGCAGAGAAAUUUCCUCUGAUUGAGCAAACCUUUUAUCCAAAUCACAAGGAAAUGCUGACAUUGCCAACAUUUCCUGUUGUUGUGAAAAUUGGACAUGCUCAUUCAGGCAUGGGAAAGGUCAAAGUAGACAACCAUUAUGAUUUUCAGGAUAUAGCCAGUGUGGUAGCCCUUACCCAAACCUAUGCUACCACUGAACCCUACAUAGAUUCCAAAUAUGACAUCAGGAUCCAAAAGAUUGGAAACAACUAUAAAGCCUACAUGAGAACUUCUAUAUCUGGAAAUUGGAAGACAAACACAGGAUCUGCAAUGUUAGAACAAAUUGCUAUGACAGACAGAUACAAGCUCUGGAUUGAUAGCUGCUCUGAGAUGUUUGGUGGCUUGGAUAUAUGUGCUGUCAAAGCAGUCCAUGGGAAGGAUGGAAAGGAUUAUAUUUUUGAGGUUAUGGGUUCUGCAACCCCUUUGAUUGGUGAGCACCAGGCUGAAGACAAACAGCUUAUAACUGAGCUUGUUGUAAGCAGAAUGAACCAACUUCUAUCCAAAACACCUAUACCAUCUCCUCAGAAACCAACUGCUACUCAGCAACCACAGAGUGGAUCAGCUAAGGAGUCUGAAUCAAAUAAAGUCCCAUCCCAGCGACCACCUCCUCAAGGUUGUUUACAAUACAUUCUCGACUGUAAUGGCAUUGCAGUAGGACCAAAACAAGUCCAGGCGACUUAAAUUUUUGAAAUUUAAAACAGGGGUUAAAGCCAAAAGAGGAAAAAAAGAAAAAAGAAAGAAAUCAACAAUACCAAUUGUUCGUGCAGGUUUUUUUUUUUUUUCAUUGUUUCAUUGCUGACCUGGAUUGUGUUUUUUCUAUGCAGUGUCAAAUAUAUUGUCUGGUUGUUUAUCUGUUUGUGUUGUAAUGCUUACUUAUGUUUCUCUGUAUAACUUGUGAUUCAGGGCUGUUGUCCACAGUGUACAGUGUACAAGAAUUGUGCCUCUACUAAGUCAGUGAGACUGUAUAUUAUGGAUGGUUAGACAGUAUUUUUGAAGUAUUCUAUAUUGUGGGUUUAAAAAAAAGGCUAACCAACCCUGGCUGAGAUAUAAUAUUUUUGCUUAACUCUGUGAGUAUGUAUGCUACAUUUGAUUUGGAAUUUUUUUUAAUGUGCAUGAUUAUUGAAAAGUGAUUAUAAUAUUUGAAAAGUCUCAUUUAGUAAUAAUAUAUUAAAUGAGACAUUUUCUUUUUAUAAUUUUAUAAAGAUUGCUUAAUUUUGAGUUAAGACAUAUACAUAAAUUGAAAAACUAGUAUUUUUAUUUGUAAUGUUUACAUACAAAAUAUAAAAUAAUUAUUUCCAGGAAUGCAUAAAUAUCUUCUAUUUUCAGUGCAGAGUUUUUAGGGAAAAAUCUGUAUCUACUAGCUUCAGUGCUACAAAAAUGGGCCACAUAUGUGCAAUAUUGAUUCAAAUUUGAUAUUGAAUGUAUUUAAGUUCAAAAGGGGAGUUUCUUUGUUGGUUAUGAAGUAGCCAUCUGGUUUUCUACCAAACUAAAAAAAAUGUUUACUAGAAUUACCUUAUCUACAUAAUUCAGGUAAGCUACGGUUCUUUAGCUAAAAUAGUUAGCAAAAAAAAAGAAGAAAAGCCUUCUGCAAUUAAUCAGCACCUUUCUUUCUAAAUAUUAUGCUAUCCACCCUUUUCAGGGUUUUUUUUAAAUGUCAUUCAUGAACUCAAUGUGUUGCUAUAUCAUUCUGUAUUUAUUAUGAUUAUGGCCAAGCGAAUAGGAUACACUAAAAUGCAACUAUGAUCCAAUCUAGCAUUUUAAGCUUAAAUAGCUAAGUACAGUAGGAAAAGAAUGUUAGUGGAUCUUGAAUGCCCAUAAGAGUCAAAAGCUUAGCCAUAGAAUGUAGUACAUGGGACUCAAGUAUAUGUAAAUAAUAAAACAAGGGUACCUGACCUAGAUGGGGAGGGGUGUUCUUUUGCUAAACUUUCUUAUAGCCAUAAUUGCUUAUGACUGUCACGACACCAGGGGCUGUGUGCAUACCUUACAAGCAAUAUCCAGGCAGGCAGUUAAGCUGUUAUAGUAGUCACUCAAAUGCACCUCUUAAGCAUUCUGUAGAAGUGAGGGAAUGAAUUAUGUUGUCAAUUGAAGACAAAUAAUAAGGUCAAUAGUAAUCCCUAGGUUAAUACAAACAAAUAUGUUUUCUUAUGACAUAAUGCUGAAGUCUGAUUUUUUUUUCCUUUGCAAACACUCUAGAAUUGCAAACAUUUUUUUAAAAAAAUUCAAGAUGUGAGAAUUACACAUUGUUUUUAAUGGUAGUUUUGAUGUUUACUGCGCAUGCUCUUGUUCCCUACUCAUUUUUAGUCUAUAAACAAGUAUAUUCUGUUUGUGUGACCUUCGUUUCUAAUAAUGAUCUUUUGAUAACCACACUGAGGGAUUGGUUAUAGGGGAGUGUAUUCCCUUCACAUCAGGUUCAUUGUCUUCCUCACCUCCAGAUCUUAACCCAAGAGAAUAAAAACAGCAUUCCAUUCUGGAGUGGGGAAAAAAUGAACCUGCCAACUGAAUGCCAUUAAUAUCAAGCCAUGGAUGUUCUUCUGCAUGUGAUAGUUUGAGUAAUUAAAGAUGCUUUUGUGCAUUGUUUAUAGGCUCUCUCUGUGUGUAUGAAGUGUGUGUAUGUGUACUGACCACAGAUAAAAGAUUUGCAUCUUAGCAAAAUGUCAGUGCAUUUGAUGCAGAUGGUCGUAGAAGGACAUGCACUAGUUUACUGGCUCAACAGUAAAGAAGCAAGCCAAUAUGUUUACCUGCAUGCUAGCAUGCUCAAGUGCAAUAUUGUGGAGAGUUGGGAAAUGGUAUUUUAAAAUGUAGGAUCAAUGUCUGGGGGAGGGGUGAUUUGCUUUAUUUUUCCUUUUUUUAAUUUCUUUCUGUCAAAGCUGCUAUUAUUAUUAUAAUUAUUGCUAUCUUUUUGUACCAAACUAAUGCAAGAAAGUGAGCAAAUGCUGAAGUGUGACUGCAGUAUAUAUUUUGUGAAAUACUUUGUACAGCUUAAUGUCCAAUAAAAAAAAGUUACAUCUGUCUUCAGUGUAGUUUCUAGCACACGAUUUUCCCAAGGGGGAAAAAUCCUUUUAUAUACAGCAAAGAAUAAGCAAGAAAAGUAUGGGCUUUUUAGCAUUAAAAAAAUGCAAUUGAAAUUCAGAAUCCCUCAGUCGGCUAUGAUUAAAUCGCAAGGCUUCUGACCAUCUUUAGAUACUGUAAACACAAUGAUCCUGUUCAAGGGACAUGCAGUUAAUAACAUGAUGGACUAGGAUCACUUCUGCAUCUACCUGUGACUUGCAGAAAUCCAGUGAAGGUUAUGAACAGACAUUUAUGCAUAUAACUUUUUGCAAGUUCUCCGGUCACAUGUACGUCUAUUGGGAUGGGGAAAAUAAAUUAGGGAAGGAAUAGAUGUAAUUCUUCUGCUGCUGCACAUUUUGCAAAUAAUGAACAAGAUUAUAUAACUAACUGUGGUGUUUUAAGAAAUGCACCAAGAAUGAAUUGUUCCAAAUUUCUAACAUGUGGAUAAUUAUCUAAAAACCUAUUUUGUUAUUAUGAAGAAUGUAAAUAUAAUUGGAACGUUUCUGAAAUAAGCCCAUUUAUGCAUUCAGGAUUUGAAAGAAAAAAUACAAAUUCUCACACAACAAUUUACUUUAAAAAUUGAGUUUCUGUACUUUGUAUUUUUAAAUGGUCGUUGUUGAAAGCAUGGUAUCAAUUCUGCUUCAUCUGCAUAUUCCUGCCUCAUUAAUUCUCUUAAUUAGCUAAAUAGGCCUAAUGGCUUUUUUUCAGAGACAUUGGGAUUUUGGACAGUUUGACAUGAUAAAGAAAAAGAAUUUGAAGGCUUCCAAAUUUUUCCUAGGCCUAGUUAAAAGAACACAUGUACAGUUUCCCUAGUAUUAACAAAGGCAUAGAAUUCUGAAGGAGUGAUUUGGGGUUGUAUUUUUCAACUUGAAAGUAUCAUCCUUGAGCAAUGAUGCAAAAUUAUUCUAACAGACUGAUAAAGCAGCUGAGUUGAUUUCACAAAUUGUGUGACAUUUGCCCAUUUUGUACAAAGUGGGAAAACAUGUUAUAUAUAUUAAUGUCUGUGAUAUGCAAAAAUAAUAACCUUUUCCUAUCCAGAGUAUUGUGUGUGUUCUUCAGCAUGCAUGGAUUUUUUUUUCCAUGAAUGUGCCUAGCCAUCACUUCAUUAAAGUUCUUGGCUUACAUCUCUCUGGAUGCCCAGACAUCUCUCUAUCCCCUGAACUAAAUGGAGAAGAGACCACUUAGAGAUCUCUAUGAAGUUUUGUGUAAUGCUUGGGAGAAUCUUUUCAGAUUUGAUUUUUUUAAUGUGGUGGGGGAAGUCUUCAAGAAAAAACAAUUCUAAACCCUUUGGACUCACAUAAUUCAUUUCAAGAGAUUAAGGCUACAAUAUUUUGGCUAAAAAACUCUGUGAUGGCUAUGCUGGUAUAGUAUUGUGUUCUGGUACAAUUCUGAAAGCAAGUUCUCCAAAGAAAGCAUUUGUUGGAAUGAUACAUUUUAAGAUCAGGCAUCAAAGACUCUUCAAUCUCCACUAAGGCUUCAUAGGUCCAAUCCAAGUUGACUGCCUUAAAUCGGAUGCAUAUUUAACAGUACUGAAAUCCAUUGUCUUCACUGUUUAUAGAAGCAGAACAACCAUACACUAAGGAGAAAGAGGAGGGUGGGGUUUGCACUGGAAAAAAACUGCACCAACUGCAGCUGAAUCUACAACUCAGUUUUGAUUAGCUAUUGCUUACAAAAUAUGGAACUGCUUUAGGGUUGAUGUUGCAAGGUCUGAGUAUGUUAAUUGCUUAUUGGUUGGCUCAAGUAGAUGCCUGUUUUGUUUUUCACAGAAGGGCUUAUUGAAAAGCAACUGCAAAUGUAUGAGACAUUUUAAAAAAACAUAUCAACCCUCCCCUCCCAUUUAAGGCAAAACAAAAAGGCAACUAAUUUGAAUCAAUAUUAUUAAUAAACAACAGUGCUGUGAUACAUUUAAAGCAAACAGAUUCCUUCUGGCUGUUAACUUCCAUUGUGUUCAGUCUGUAAUGGAGCAAUCUGGGAAAAUGUUUUACCUAUCAGGAACCUGAGAACUGAAAUGGAGAAGUACUAUAAUUAAUGCAGCUUAAUCUGGCCCAGCCUUAUCCAACCUGAUACCUUCCAGAUGCUUUAGACUUCAAGUCCCAUCAUUCCUCUCAAUGUGAUAGGUUCCCCAGGGGUGAUGGGAAUGAUAGUUCACUAUGUCUGUCUGGCAUUAGCUUAAGAGUGCGUACAUUUCCUGCCAGCCACUCUUGAUAUCAGCCAUAAAGAUUUCUGCUAUCACAUACAGCACUAUUAAGGAGCCUUAAGCUGCCCCUCUCCCAGCAAUAUUUAAUGCAAGUAAUCCUCAUUUAGCUACUUCUUGUUUAAUGACCAUUUGCAGUUACAAGACUGAUUCAAAAGUAACUUUGAAACCAAUCUUUGCAUUUAUGGCUUUUCCAGGUAUAUAAAGCAAAGAAAAACUGAAAUAAGUUCAUAAGUACAUUUGUGGUUUCACUUAGGAAUUGCUUUGUUUGAUGAUUGAGGUGCUGGUCCCACUUGCAGUUGCUAAAGGAGGACUAUUUGUAUUUUGUUGAUUUCCUUAAAAAAACAGGUCCAAUUACUAAAGCAGUGAAUUUUCAAAGGCUGUUUUAGUGUGGCUAUGAAGAUUUGCAAUUUAUAUUUAUGUAGGGUUGUAAUUCAUGAUCAUGAUAGCUAAAGCAUUCUAACCCCACCGAACUUUUCUAGUACCAGACUGAUAUUAAGUGUUGGUUGUUAAGAGUUAUUACAAAAU